CCUCAACACUUAGGGCCGCAGCAUUCAGGUAAGCAUCAAAAGGGUCAAUUACUGACUUGUAAUUACUGGGCACUGCAUACAUUGGGUAUCAUCUUAGCGUCAUCUAAACUAAUUACUUUGCCUUGAUAAGAGAUAACACAAUUAUCUUCCAUUUGCUGCAUUUUUUUGUAAGCUGAGAAACCAGCAGUAUUGAAAGGAUGAAUUCAAACAUAGGUAUAAACAAGGCUUUUCAUGAUGAGGGAACUUCAAGCGAAAUUCCGACGCCAAAUAUGCCAACAGAAAAAGCCCACACAAGAGUAAAAGAGAAUGGUUCUGUGACCAGUAUAGAACCAGGCAUUCCUGAAACGGAAAACAUGCCAUUAGUAUCACCACCCUCUGGCCCUAGUUCAAAAGACAUUUCAGACGAAAGCAAUUUGAAAUCUGUCAAAAAAGCGCAUCCGAAGCCUGAAGUAAAGUCGAGUAAUUCAACAGAUAACAACGGUAUUCUUCAAGGUAGUAGCUUGGGGAACGAAACAGGAUACUUAUGGGGAUUGUGGAACGUAUGGAGUCGUACUCAGAAAGUUGAGAAGGAUAACAACGAUUCUCCAGAACUGGAGCAUUUUGAAGAUAGACAUAAAGAGAUAGAACUAGGACCUUGCGAAUCGAAGCCAGCCUUCGGCUCAGAUAACACUUAUGAGCACACAAAUGCCAAAACUAUUGCUGCUGAAGUGAUAAAUCCCAGCUUGAUACCAGAUAAAAUACUGAUUCAAAGCCCCACCACCGGUGUUGUGGAGCAAACCAUCACAUCAACAGAAUCAGGAAAUUUGCUCCCAUCCUCAGAUACUGAAGCAGGCAACGUUGAUACCAAUCCUGAUGCAAAUUUUAUCUGGGAUAUAACUCGACGGGUCUCAAAGAUUCCUUUCUUGCCACUUUCAGUGUCAAACCAGUUAAACAUAGAUGGUUUGGCGCCAAAUAAAUGUUCCCAAGUAACUGAUAACGACCAGCAAACUGUAUCUAGCGAUACCAAUGGGACUACCAACUCAGACUCACAAAGAGCUAACACAGGAGAAAACACAAAAAUCGGUUCUUGGUGGGCUCCAUGGAGAUGGGAGUUCACAGCAAAUAAGGAUCUCGAAGAAUCAGCCAGUGAAUCGGGAACAGGGUUGAUUGAGGAUGAGCUUAUGAAAGUUCAGAGAAAAGAGAUUGCUAAUCAAAUCAAAUGUCAAUCUUACGGAAUCCCGAAAUCGAUUACAUGGGGUAUUCUUCGUCAAAAAGAUGAAGAUUUUGGCCACGUCUACAUUACAGGAAAAUCUUACAAGAAACCGGUUUUAAUGAAGAAUUUUCCCACAUCGGCGUUUGAGCUUCAGGAACAGCAAUUAACUCCAAAUUCGGACAAUAACAAAAAUAAUCAAGCAAAAGUAGAAUCUAUUGUUUUGCCAGACAUUGAAUGGAAUUAUCGAAAUUUGACCCUGCGGACUCGAUGCAGAAUUGCAAUGUCAAAAGUUCCUGCAUUAAAGAAUAUGUUUGCGCCCCAGUCUCAUUUAUACUAUGAUAGUCAUAUGAAGAAAAAUCAAUCAUCGAAAAAGAUUGAAAAAAAGGCUCUUAUCAUAUCCUUUCAUGGUUUCCUUCCUCAAAAGAUUGUCAAAAACAUUAUAGGUGAGAGCACUGGAUCAUCACAGAGAAUGGAAGAGCAAGCUGCAAAAGAGUUGAAAAGAUGGUCAGAUAUCAACAACGUAGAACUAAACAUUGAGACCAUAAAUCUCGAAGGAUACGGCAAGCUUUUUGAAAGGGUUAAUGAGUGUUUAUCAAUUUUGGAAAACUGGAUUGAAAAUAUAUCAAGCUGCGAUUUCAUACUAGCAGUUGCUAAUUCACACAGUGUGCCUUUAGCGAUUCAUGUUAUUGCUCGGUUAAUUACCUCGGGAUAUCUUGACAAAACAGAAAAACUUGGUUUUAUUGGACUGUCGGGUAUUUGCAUGGGACCAAUUCCCGAAGUGGAAAGUAAAAUCAGCAUUCGUGGGAAUGUUGGACAAGAUGCUGAUAUUAUAAGCGAGAUUCUUGAUCUAGAAGACCCUGAUUCGCUACAAAGCAAAGAGUUGAGUCGAAAUAUGAAGGUCGUGAUCAGGAAAAAUUUUAAAGUUACAUUUGUGGGGUCAUUGAAUGACUGCUUUUCACCAAUAUAUUCCAGUUUGGGACUGCAUUUGUUACACCCAAACAUUUACCGGGCACUUUAUAUAGAUGGCAGCCAACGUCAGCCUGAUUUUUUGACUAGUCUCUUCAACUUGAUACUAACAGUCAAAAAUUUAAACUACAGUGAUCAUGGGCUUUUGAUCGAGUUGAGUAAUUUUUUCACCGGUCAAAUUGGAGAUGGACAGCAUAGCAAAGUGCUGACAAACAAAUAUGCUUUUCGGAUUGGAAUCAGCAAUAUGCUGAAUACGAGCGACUUGUUUUACCAGCAAAAAGUGGUGGAGGAGCUUACCAACAUCAGAGAGUAUACUACGAAUAGUUACCAUAUACCUUGGUGUUUGAGAGGAUUUUUGGAGGAGCUGGAAAAGCUGCAAAAGCACUUUGAUGCUAAACAGAUAAUCGAACAGCUGUACGAAGAGUUCAAAAGCUGGGAACCUGAAACACAGAAGAUGAAAGAUCUACGGUAUUGUAUGUUGGCCUUUGAGAGUGUGAUGAAUGAGGAUUUGGGAUUGUAGACUACAAUUCCAUCAAAAAGAUGUGACACCUGAUUCUUUUCGUAAUCGCUAUGCUUUCGACUUUUCUGUACCAACCCUGUAUAUUUGUUUGAAAAGUACAGCCAUUCAAAUGAGCUUUUCUACCGUUGCCAUGCGUGCAGUUGAUAAGCAUGUACAAGGGCCACCGGCUAAGGCUCUAU